UGGGUGGACUCAAUGAAGCUGGUGCCACUGGGCAGCCUCCUGUUGCUGAUCUCCUCACAAAUACUGGCUGUGUCCCACAUUCUGAUGGAUAUGGCUCUUCAUUCCUUUGAUGGUCAGUAUCUUGGGUGCAGAGAGCAGAUGAUAGAAGAACUGGAGGAAGGAGACUAUUUCCAAAAGGAAAUAGCUGCUAACAAGGACUAUUUGAGUCUCUGGAAGAAGGUUCAGGAGGCUUUGUUAAAGAGCCCCGUAGGUCUCCUGAGGGAGAUGCAUGACAGCCAUGCCAUAGUCCUCAUGACUUACACCAUGAACUCUUGCCUGCACUCUUAGCUGAACUUGGCUACAUCUACAGCAGGAAGCUCUCCAGAGCACUACAGGCACAACUUCAAUUUCAAAUACUUUCACUUUUACCUAACAACUGCUGUCCAGAUAAUGAAGGAAUGGCAGAGCAUCAAUAAAACCACAGGGAAACCUAAGUGCUACCGAGUGCACAGAGGUGUAAAAGACAUAAGUAUCGAGGCCACAGUGGGCAGCAGAGUGCAAUUUGGCCAUUUCACUUCCACCUCCCGUCUCCAGAUUGAAGCCCAGAAAUUUGGGAAUGAAAUUUUGUUCACACUGACCACUUGCCUGGGAGCAGCUACACAAGGCUUUUCUUAUUACAUAUCUGAGAAGGAAGGACUCAUUCCCCUUUACAAGGUAUUUCUUGUCAAAAUCUUCUUUCGGACACUGCAGAGUAACUGGCUGCAUGUGCACUCUGUGGGCAACUACAGUAAGUACCACUGCCAGCUGGUGGAAGCUUCAAGAAGCAGGAACAGUGGUUCCACUGCCCUUGACUCUACCAUUCUUCUUAGUGUGAUUGGGGUUUCCAUGUACUUGGCCCACAGUUGCUGA